AUGGUAGAACUUUUCUUCAUAGGAUUACCUGGUAGGGAGCAAAUGCGCUGGAAGCAGACCCAGGCUUGUAAAGAUAUUGAGGUGAUGUGUUUACUUAUACUACGAUUAUUCUGUGUUUUGAUAAAAAGGGAAUAUUCGUUAAAUACCACAAACAAAUGUUUUGAUGGCAAAAAAGGUCAUCCAGUACUUCCUAUCGUUACAGAUAACGCAAUGAUCAUCAUCUAUUUAUUAUGGUCUUUUGGCCUUGCAGCGGUGACUGCUGCGCCAAAUGGCCUCCAGGUGUUGUUCCCUGAGCUGCACCGGCAGUACAGUUUCGUGGUGAAAACCAACUCAUCAUCGGGUAUCCUGGCACCGAGGGAAGGGAACACGUUUUGGACUCUAGAAGGAAGACUGUUGGUUACUGUCUACGAUAACUACACCAAAGUGAGAUUCAAGUUGGACGAUUUAAAGACAUCUUACCAAUCUGAAGAGGCGGCGAGGUUUUUAAAGAAGACUUGGGAAGCAGAAUAUCAGGCAAAUGGUUUAAUCAGCGGUAUCUACGUAGGUGAUGAACCCGUAUGGGCAACGAACAUGAAGAGAGCUUUGACAGUAAAUUUCCAAAUGAAGAAAGAAACUGGCACGUACGGGAAUUACGAGCCGUGCUUGUACGAAAACUGCUUGAUGGUGUACACGGUCGUGGGCGAAAGCAUAAAGAAGUAUUGCAGCCUUAAGGUGUCCUCUGCCAAUACUGAACACAGUUGGAGCUCUGUGCCCUGGACCCAGGACUAUGUGGAGAGGAACGUUCCUGAGGUCAUAUCAACAUCGGAGCGGGUGUAUGAGUUUGAUGAGAAACGCGGGUUGAUUUGUAUGAGUAUGAAUGGAAACUUCCAGUACAAGAUACAUGACCACAUACUCUAUGUGGCUUCUGAACUUUCCUUAUAUUACGACAUGGACGUCCCCGUCGAAAGCAUAGAGAAGUUGAAUCUAUCAAGAAGGGAAAUACAAUAUGACGCCGGGGAUUAUAGGAACCCAUCGAACUUCAUAAAGGUGAUGACGCAACACGACCUGAAGAAUAGGACUUACGAGGUAUAA